GUGUCUGUGGGUCAUACUUAUCAUGAUCGCCGAGUGAGAGUCAUAGCCAGGAUCUGUACGCUGUAUCAGUAUCCCUCUCUUAUUUAUCCAUUGCGCAACAAAGCAAGUUCUUUCGCGAUGGCCGCAGCAGUCGAACCCCUCUUCCGCAUCGCCCCCACCACACAAGGUUAUGACUGGGGAAAACUAGGCAAUUCCUCCAAAGUUGCCCAAUAUGCUUCCGGGGCUGGGAUACCUGAUUUUACAUUGAAGGAAUCAGCACCGUAUGCCGAGUUAUGGAUGGGCACUCACCCCAAAUCGCCGUCUCGAGUAGCUGAAUCGGGCGAGAUAUUGGCGGCGUACUUGGCUGCUCACCCAGAGCUCAUCGGCGAUCGAGUAUCGAAGCAGUUCGGUAUUAAGGACGGCAAUUUACCCUUCCUGUUCAAAGUCUUGGCUAUCAGAAAAGCGUUGAGCAUACAAACCCAUCCGGACAAGAAGACUGCAGAACAGUUACACGCAGAACAGCCCAAUGUUUAUACAGAUCCGAACCAUAAGCCCGAGAUGGCCAUAGCUCUUACCCCAUUCCAGGCAUUGUGUGGUUUCUUGCCCGUCGAACAGAUCGCCGCGUAUUUGGUGUCGACCCCCGAGUUUGCUUCUCUCAUCCCGAAUGCCAUCGUCAACCAGUUUCUCGCCUCCUCUUCGACGCUUGACAGCAAAGGCCCUCUCAGGGAUUUAUUCUCAGCAUUCAUGUCUGCCGAUGUCAACCAGGUCAAGGAAGAAAUAAUUAAGCUGGUUACACGUUACCAAGCCGGCGAGGAGAAAGAAACCGAGAAGGGCGUUAAAGAGCUGGUUUUGAUAUUGAAUGAGCAGUAUCCAGGCGACAUCGGGAUUUUCUGUGCCUUCUUGCUCAACUAUGUGACUUUAAGCCCUGGCGAGGCCAUGUUCCUUGGCGCAGGGGAACCUCAUGCCUAUGUGUCUGGUGAUAUAAUGGAAUGCAUGGCGAACUCGGAUAAUGUUAUUCGAGCUGGUCUUACUCCUAAGCCAAAGGAUAUACCUAACCUUGUGUCAGGUCUGACCUACAACGCAUCGCCUCCCACGAAACAUAUGGUACAACCCGCGAAAUACGGAGGUGCUACCUUGCUGUACGACCCACCUAUCCCCGAGUUUUCUGUCCUCCGGUUGAAUUUACAAGACGGGAAGGAGGAAACUCACGCAGCUAUAGACGGACCAUCUGUUGCUAUAGUGACAGAAGGUGAAGGAACAGUGAGUUGGGAAGGAGGGAAAUCACUGCAGCUCUCCACGGGUAACGUUUUCUUUUUGGCGGCGGGUGUGGAGGUGUCGUUCGCGAGUAAGGGCACACUCAAUCUUUAUCGUGCCUUUGUGGAUGUGAAAAACUAGAGGACCUUUUUUUAUUUUUUAUUAUUCGUGUUGCGAAGUAGUAAAGUAGAAAGUCUUGUACGUUGUACAGUAGAUGGAUGUAUGUUGCAGUACGUUGCAGUACCAGUGAUCGACUUCCGGUCCGAGUCCG